CGGCGGUCGGUCGGGGAGAGGCGCAGCGCGUAGAAUCGAUAAUUUUGUUUACUGAAUUAAAUUUUUAUAGAAUUUACGUUGUUUACCGGCUUUUUAUAUUUAAUUUAUGUUAUUCUUUGUAGUGUGUAGUUUUUUUGAAACGAUUUUUUGGCCGAGGUGUUUCUUGGAUGGAUAGAUUUGUUUAUGUUCAGUUCCUCCCCUAAACGAAUAACCUACUAAAUCCGGCAAUUGUGUGAAGGGUGACUUUCAUAAGGGCAUAAAAUCAAAAUCGUAAUUAUUUUGUGUUUUGACAGCAUGCUUCUUCUUGUAAUCCGUAAGGGCUGAAUGACUCUAUAACCCACCAUCAAAAUGGACUCGGAAUUCGCAUCCGUCCAACCACCAGAAGACGAAAUCGCCGGCGAAAAAAAUGAAGAAGUAACCGAAACCCCCAUCGUUCCAGACGUAGACUCCCACCCACCAACUUCCAUCCAUGGUUUCCUGAAUGCUUCCGUGAACACCAACGAAGCCCAUAAUGAACCUUCAACUGUAGAUCAAAAAAGACUUUGCUUUGACGGUAGCGAUAGCGGAGUAGAAGUCGUAGACAUCGUAGAGUACCAUAGGGCAUUAAGUUCAAACAGCGGCGUUUCUCAGGAUUGUGAUAACACGUGCGCGAGAUCAUGCGAUUCUUCGAUUAUUAGCUGCUGCUCGAAUUAUGAUGAGGCCUACAAUAUUUUAGUGAGGAAAAACUCGACGCUUUUAGAAGAUUACACGCUAAGAAACGGCGAUAUUACCAGCGAGAAUGGCAGCGAAAGCUCGUCUGUAAGUGGCGACCAGAAUCGGUGUAGACGGACCAGCAAAGGGUCUACGGCGAAGAAGAGAGAGACGGUGGACGUGAAAAAAGGUACAAACGUGUGUGCGAAAGAGAGAUCCAGAUCGAAACCGCCCAUUACACCACUGAGAAAUGCCAUUCAUUCCACUAAUAGACUGAAAACUGCUGAAAGGUUACAAGCAAGAUCUUCAAGUUCCCCAAGGGCGAGCUCAGGCUGUAGAACCAAACCUACAGUACCAAGCAACCUGGACUUAAGUAAAUCCGUGACAAAACGUCCUUCUUCAGCCCGAAGUCAACCGAAUUCCUUAACCUGCAGCUUGAUUCGCUCCUCAGCACAUCCGACGCCUGUAGAAGAUGGUCGUUGGCCGUCCAACAAACAACCACCGACGAUGAUGAGGUCUUUUAGAUCGAACGUGGAUUCCAAGCCAAAGUUUUCACAAACAGAUAGUAAGACCAUUGAAAAGUAUGCUACUCUACCGAGAAGGAAAAAGGAAAAAGACAAAAGUAAAGAAGAAAACAAACCGGUGGCAACUUCAACGACAAUAAACAAGAAAAGCUCAAAAGAAACCACUCCAUCCAAGAUGUUCAGCUCGUUGUAUCUUCCCAAGGCGAAAGUCAAAACGAAGAUUUAUCAUGAAGUGAACAUUCAGACUGCUUUAACUAUGUGUGAUAUUGAAAACGCUUUUGAAGGAAGACAUGUCGCUCCCAAAAGCCCCGAGGAAACUGAGAAAUGUUCCAAGGAUGUUCAAGUAGAUAUGCGCCUAAAGGAUAUCGAAAAGUUACAGGAGCAAAUUAAACAGUUGAAAGAAAAGUAUGACUCAUUGUCCAGUGAGCAUAAGGUGCAAACUGAAAAAUUAAAAGAGACUGAAGCCAAGCUGCUAGAGGAGAGAGUAGAGAAGGAGGGGCUGAGGGACGAGCUGAGUAAUAAUACCAAAAGGGUUUUGGCUAUUCUUGGACAACCAGAAGAAAAUGGUCAAGAAACUUCCAGUGAUAGCCUCCUGGUCCUAGAAACGCGUUUCCAGAACGUAAGCCAAGUAAUUAUACAGCAAGAAGAGGAAAUUUCCAGACUGAAUAACUUUUGCCGGUCCUUUCAGAUCGAUUUAGAAAAAAGCCUAGCAGCCCAAAAAACCUUAUUACAACAACAUCAAGACUUAGAAGCUGAAAGUAUAGAGUUGCAAGAAUUCAUGCAAGCCGAAAAAACCACUUUGGCGGACGCCUUAAAAGAAGCCGAGAACCAGAUUAAGAGACACCAACAAACAAUCGCCCAAAAGGAUAAAGACUUGCAGGAGAGACACGAGGGCUGCAAGCAACUAUCAACGCUGUGCGAGCAACGGAGAUUGGAAAAUUUGGGAUUACAGGCGCGGAUCGGAAACUUGGAGGUGAAAAGUAGGGAGUUGCUGGUGCACCAGGGCAGUUCGGUGUCCGGGGCAUCGGUGGCGUUAUCUUCGUUGAUCGAUCGAUUGAAUGCCUUGGCUGAGGAGUUGAUAGCGGCUUAUAGUAUUUCCGAUCAGGAAUUAGAGGACCUUAUCUUCCAUAACGAAGCAUACAACAACUGCAGCAGCAUAGACUCUACGCCAGAGAAAUCAAGACUAUUUAUAGACCAGAAGCCGUCUCCUAAUGGAAAAGGCUCUUCCUUUAUGUCUGCCGUCAUAAACGCCAUAAGAAGUGCCGCAGCUGGCAGGGAUUUCAGCAGGAAAAACAGUUUACACGAUAGAAGUAGUUCCAACGAAAUGCUUGAUUCAGAAACUGAACCCUGUCUGAUGAUGGAACAUGUUCUCGAAGAUGUUGUUAUACCUGACGGUUAUUCUCAUAAUAUGAUCUCAUCCGGACACGGCAGCAUGCUAAGUUCUAGGUUAACCCAUAGCGAGAGUAUGAAAGAUGUGUCAAAUUUAUACUUUAGUAGGCAGCAUUCGGAGCCGACCAGUCUUAAUACGUCAUUUACUACUAGUGAUAUAUUUUCGUUAAGCGAAUAUUUCCCGGCAAUUUCACUUGUGGACCAAGUUAUCGAGGUUGAUAACGUUAUUACGCGGUUACUUAAGGUGAUUAGGAUCAUACAAAUUGAAAAUGAAGACUGUAUGGCGGAUUUACAAGAUCAACGGGACACAUUGACAGAGCAAGUAGAUAAACAAAAAGAGACAAAUAAAUUAGUGGUUAAACAAUUAAAAGACUGGGAGUUAUUAGGUGCUAGAUUAAAGAGCGAAGUGAAGGAGCUGAUGGGCCAAUUGAGCAGGAAAAAUAACGAAAUGGAUGGAAUUAAAUCUGAAUUGAAUAAGCAAAGAGAGGAAGUAGAGAAACUCAAUCAGGACGUAUGCGACCUUUCAACUGCCUUAUCCAAGGCAGAACUGGAGUCGAAAAUUAAAGAAGAAGAAGUGGAAAGAGCAAUUGAAAAAUUCCGGGAAACUGGAGAAAUACCUUCACCAGAAAUCUUAGCCAGAGCUGCGAUUUAUGAAAAUGAGGUUCCUAGAUUAAGAGAGAAAUUGGCAGAGAAAGAGAAGCGUCUAAACGAGCUCAAUCAAGAGUUUAUCGCCGGCAAGGAAGUUUUAACGGAGAAUCUCAAAGAAGCUGUUAAUGAAACUAAGCGACAAUAUGAUGCUAUUGAUGGUGCUUUGGAGGUCCUACACAGUAUACAGUCCGUCGUUCAACAAUGUCCGCCUUUAGCAAAACUCCAACGAGAUUUAGAAGAAGUGAGUUUUCAAAGUGCGUCUACGAUGCCCAUCGCAGUAGCACCUGCAGACUGUAACGCCAACGCAUCCGGUCUUCUGCAAGCCAAUAUCGAAGUUGCACAGGCGAUUAACACGAAAGCGUGAAAAAAGUUGAUUUUUAGUGUAAAAUUUUCUUAAUAAGAAGCCAUUUUUAGUGGAUUUUUUAAGAGCUACAAAAAUCAAUUUGAUUGUAUUUUAUUGAACGAUUUUUCCAAUUUUUUGCACACAUUAAGCCCGCUACUCAUUAAUCGUUGAUGCAAAAUGGCGCAUCAUAUGUAAUGCACCAUAUUUCAGUCUUUUUUGUUUCUCUUACCAGGGUUCCAUAAGCGUGAACUCAAUUGAAUUUUUUUAAUCAUAUUAAAAAUACUGUUGUGGCUUCAAUCUAUUCUACAAUAUGUAAAUUAAAUUUUACUAACCAACUACAACAUAAUAAUAGUUAAACCAUGUUUUCAAUCCUUUAAGUAAAAAAUUGGUAUGUAUGUUUUUAUAUUUACCUUUCCUAUACGUCCUAUACUAUACGCACUUCCGCAUCAACAAACUAAUGACGAAUGAAAUUUAAACCCCAUUUGUUGGUUUGUAGUGUUUCCUUUGAUGAUUCGCCUGAAAAACUGACUUCUUUUGGAAACGCCGCACAUGGAAUCACAUUAUAUACAUUAUCUAUUUGAAAAUCGUCUUAACGAUUAAUGAGUAUCAGGGUUUCCAGUUAAACGCACAAUUUUUAAAUCUAUAUUCAGUUAUAAUGGAAAUACAAAGAAAAGCCAGUGUUAGAACUAUCUAUCUAUCUAUAUGACGUGUUUUCUGAAGAUGUGGAUAUUAAGACUUUUAAUGUUGUUGAAUGUAUUGUUGUAUUAUACACUUAGACGUUAUUUUACUUAUAAUAUUGUAUUAUGUUUCUUGCGCCAUUUAUUCAAUUUUUAUUAUAAUUGUACUGUAAAUUAUGUUUUAAAUAAGACGAAAGUAAUGUUUACCAGUAAGAA